ACAAUCAAUCAGAGUGGUCUCAUGCCGGCAGGACAUGCAGUCAGUCGGGGGCCUUUUAGAAUGAUAUCGUAUCAGAGGAACACACAAUCAUCUUAUGCAUCGACUACUGUAUAUUGACUGAUUUCUUGUGUGCUUACUUUAACGGUGUCGGCUUCUUCUAUGGCGGAUUCCCACGCCCAGCGGUGUUCUCCUUGAAUUGGAUGAAAUUGCCCAGGCAGCCGCUCAGAUAAGAUUUGUCUCCACAUUCAUGGUGGUGCAGUUAGCUGAUGGAAAGAAACUCGCUCAAACAGCUCAGCAUGGUCUCCAGACUACCCAAGUUUGCCUGUCGUCCCCCAGCCACCUCCAUAACCUCCCUUCCUCAAGGAUCUGCCCUCCCUGUCUCUCCUGUGGGUUGCAAAAGUGCCCCUUUAGGGGGGGGAAAUAGUGUGACAUCCAUUAAAUGGCGAAAAUGUGAAGAGGGAAAAAAGUUUCAGCACACUGACAGUUUGGAAGAGGCCAGUUUUCCUGCAUGCCCUCAGCCAAUUGUAAUGGCAAUUCAAAAGCCAUCCUCUUCUCCAGUUAAAUGUAAGACUGUUGUCCCCACUGCACAGAGUAUUGCGACCAAAUCUGCACCUCAGGCUAACAAAUCCUAUCAGCAGAGGAAUACCCCAAAAUACCUUUCCACAAGGCAUUCCCUCUAUAAUGGCACAGCCACUCUAAAUGGAAUGACUGGUGUUAAGGGGAGUAAUGGAUCUUGCUCCUCAGGGUCUGGACUGGGUCAUUCAUCCCAGCCAAGAACCUUGGAGAACCCACUGUCCUUAUCCAACGACAGCCUCAAGUCGGUCUCUAAAGAGAACAUAGUGCGCUCUCAGAGUUUAACGCACUUCAAGAGGGCAGCAUUCCCCGCCCAUCCACCCAUGACUCGUUCAUUCUCUUUUAACAAAGCUACAGAUCUUGCUAAUGAACUUCCCAGGCCUUUAGCGCAAUCACAAGUGGCUAGGCCACCACUUAUUCCGCCUAAUCCAGUGUUAACCAGGGAAAAAUCAAGCAAGUUUGGGUUUAUAAGACCACCUGGAAGUACAAGUGGUGGCUCUAAGCCAAUGGUCACAAUGAAGAAAUCUUUAUUACCAAGCUUUUCAAGGAACAAGCCUUCUUCACUUAGCUAUAGAUAUACAAGCCCUUCACUCACCAAGUAUCAUGGCACUGUUGGAGCCAGGGCUGAUCGGAAUGAACAAGAGGUAAGUGAAAAGAACAAAGACUCAGGAGACUGUUUCGAUCAAACUAGCGAAGUUGAAAGUGACAAAACUACCAUGGACGAGACCCCUUAUGAAGCAGAGAUAGAGCACCUUUUGGGCCCUUCUUUGGACGUCUUAGAGGACAUGUCCUUCUCUUCCUCUUCCUCCCUGGAGCACAAUGACACUAGUGAAGAGUAUAUGGAUGACUUUGACAAUCUGGGGAAUGGAGGUGAGACCUUGCUGCUGUCUGUCCACAAGGAGGGGUUGGAUGUUCCAGGACUGCGUGAUGAUGACAACGUUCUAAUUACUGAGGGCAGUGAGGAUUCAUCAGCGGCCAGCCUUCACAGCUUCUUGUCAGAAACUGUUGAUUGGGCAGGGAUGGGCCUUACAGCUGGCAAAGAUGACUUUGCGAGCAAGAUUUUGUCUCCUGUUGGCGAUUUUCCACACGGUUCAUCUCUGGACCUUUCCCCCUCAGUCAGCUCUGGUGGAACGUACAUGUGGGAUGAAGAGGGGAUGGAGGCGCUGGGAGGCUCUGGACAUCCAUGUGGGAGCUUUGACUCUGACCUCAACAGCAUAGACAUUCUCAACGACCUUGAAAAUGUGGAGUCAUGUGACCUGGAGGAAGAUGACCUUAUGCUGGAUUUAGACCUGUCUGAAAACGCAUCCUUACAAAGCGACACUGAUGGGCUGUCACUUCAUGAAUGCUCUGGAACAGGAGGCUUUUCAAAUCAGAGGAGGAGACGACAGCAGCUCUGGAGCAGACAUGAUCAGUUCUGCCUUGAAAGCAGUGGCAUUUUGCAGUCAAUUGAUGGGUUGGAGAGUUCGGACCAUGUGACACUGGAUGAGUUGACCCUGAACCACAUGGCUCUGGAGUGCUCCUCUGUCAAAGUACAGCUGCUUCAGUUGAACACACUGCUUCAGAUAAAGGAAGAUGGUUCAAUUGAAGAGAUUUUAGAGGCUCAGACUCCAGAUUCUACUGACCAAUCUUUACUUGAAGAAAAGGUGACGUUGCUCCUGAAGGAGGUGCAGGAAUUGAAAAAUGAGCUCAGAAACAAAGAGAAGAUGAUCACUGAACUUACACAGCAGAUGUCUUCCCCAGUGGAAUGUCACUGCCGGCAGGAGUCUGAGGUUCACAGUGGGUCCGAGCUCCAGGACAAGAGCAAUCAAACCCCAUGGACACAUAACUCUCAGAUACUACAAGCUCCCAGAUUCAUACCCAACAGGCUCCACACCAAUGAAACACUAUCAAGUUCAGCCCCUACAAAGGCCCAUUGUGACAAUGUGGAUGCCCAGUCUGGUCACCGCCCACUGACGCCCUGGUUCUGUUCUUCAGAUCUACAGAGUCCUGUUUCCGUUGAGUCUGCCCCAGUUUGUACCGUACCAAUGGUUAUUAUUCCUGCUUAUAGCACUACUGCCUUCUCAUUAAGCACAUUGCAGAACUCUGAUCCUGAUGAACUCAACCUCAUGGGCACCGACCUUAAAAUCAGUAAGUCAGCAAGCCCAUCAGAUCCUAGCAACCCUUCCUGUAGGUUAGAUAAAAGUACUCAAAAACGUCCCUUGGCAAGAAGCAGUUUUCCAACCGUGCCACCACCCAACUACAUUAAGAGAGCUACAACACUCAUCAAGCCCCAGGAGGUACAACGCGUCACCACGACGACAGGAGCCCUGGGUAGGCUGGGAAAUGCAGCUCCGUCUAGGACAAGACAUCACCUAGCUCAUAAACUACAAUGCAUAAACCCAGCGAGUCGACCUCUGACGCAUGCCACCCCUGCAGCACUGAUAUAUACCCAGAAAAACCAAGAGUUUAUACAGUCUCAAUCUCACAAGGAUCCAGAGAUCAGUUUGGCCCGACCCCGUGCAUCCCUCCAGCCCAACCAUUCCCGUCUUCCUAAACCAAAGACCCAAUGACCCACAACAACCCCCUCGGUCCCUUUUUUCCAUCUCCACAGCUUCUGUAAUUCUAGAUAAGCUAAGCUUUGGACACACCAGAAUGCAGCAAAGCUGCAGCUUAAACCACGCUUGUAAAGUGUCAUUGAUAUUACAGUAUUCUUUAAACCUGAUUGAGCAUGCUGCUCUGUUUGAUCCGCUGGGCUCUCCAGAUAAAUAAUGUACUCAAGGUCACACUCGAAGCUAUGCACAUUAGCCUUCAAAUCAGGAAUUCCGUUGUAUAAAUUUGCGCAGUUCUAAACACGGCAGGUCUGUCUACCGUUGCUGCGAGAUGAAAGCUAUGUAACACUUCAAAAUAAUCGUGGUCUAGAAAUUCUAUAGAUGCGUGAGUUGAUUUGCAAGAUUCUCACGUAAUAAUACAUAGUGACGGAUCCCCAAGAACCGUGAAUUGUGCAGGCAAAUAGUUAAAGAAAACCACACACCAAAUCUUCAGUGUUGUAGUUGCAUACCUUUCAAUACACAAGCCUACCAAUAUAGAUUUAGACUAACCUCAUCAUAUGAAGUCACAGUCAACUAAAACGCUUCCUUUCGUCUGUUAUCUACUGUUUAUUAAACAUGAAAAUUGUUAUCACUAGUUCUAAGUCAUCCACUUGAUCUGAAUUAGAGAUAACUGACCAAUCUAUUGGAACUUGUGGACUUUCUGUCUUCCGAAUGUAUAUUUUAGAGCAAAACCACUGAAUCUAACUAUUUCCCCUCUCGCUGUGCCCCAUUUAAAUACAUAUAACAAACUAAAGUACUAUUUCCUUGCAUCAGAUAUUGCUCCUGUGAAGGAACAGAUCAAUUAUGUCAUACUCUGUCUGACAUAAUCGAUUUCAUUACUGAUGAAAUCAUGCUACGUGUCGUUAUUGUCCAUGCUACAAAUUUUGAAUCUGGCUCACAGGACUCCUUGAGUUUGCAUUUCUGUCACUUAACUACCGCCACAUAUGGUACAUGUGAGAUGUGGGCUACGUUGCAGGGUGUCCACUGAGCGUCUGGUCCUAUUACGUUUCAUUGUAUCUUUUUGCUUGCCUUUUUUCCUUGCUGCUACUGGAAGGAUUGUGUCCUCCAGGCUCCCACCAUGCAGUGUUCAAAAUGCUAAGUGGAAUUUAGCAAGACUUGUGUUGCAAGAAGCCUUGAAUAGAAUGUAAAGUACAAAAAAGAUCAAAUAAUAUGCUGGUGUGAAGUGUGUUGACCACAUACGGUGAGGUAGUGGGAAGUGCUUGACAUGGUCCUGACAAUUAAAUUACCAAGUAGUAUAUGUUCUCGGAACAACUUGUUAUUAAAAAGUAAGAGUUUGUGGCUAGGUUGAACAAUAUUCCUUUAACCGAUCAUUAGUUAGUUUUUGGGUUAGGACACUUUUUGUAUGAUUACAGUGUUGUUUUUGGGCCAAUAUUGUACUUCGUAAAAGGAUGACAUCUAUUUGUUCAUCAAAAUAUAACCACAUGAAACAGAACAAGGAGCUUGGUAGCUUUUUAUGUAAAGCCAUAAUAACAUAUCUUAAGGCCUUCUAUUAUGUACAGGGCAUAUCUAACUAUAAUGUAAAGUGCAAUACACACAGUAAGUGCUGCAUAUCUUGUAGAAGCCCAGACUUAGGGUGUUUCUUCGUACGCCUAAAAAUAUAUAAAAAGCUUACGUUUCGCAUGAAUUCAACAUAAAAACAAUGAAUAAACGAUAGUCAUCAUUGGCAUACAUUUGUAUGCAAUUCAAGAUUUGGCACUCCAUACCAGUAUGACUAGUGUGUUGAACUACUUUAAUUUUUAAACACAGUCAUCAGAUUGAUUAAGAUUCUUCUCUCAAAAUGAAAAAAAAAAUUGGAAGUCAGUUUGUAAAGCAGCUCAGCAGACUUAGGUGAAAGGAAAAGGUUAAGCAAGAAAUAUUGCACACUUUUCUGUUCAUAAAGAAAAUACUGCCCAGGCUUUGACAUGCCAGCUUCCUACUUUCAUUCCACUUCUAUUCACAUCAAGAUUCGUCCCCUUGGCUGUCUGAUUGCCUUCGCUUGCCGAACCAAACACCGUGGGACACAGUUAGUUCAGCCAGUGUUUUAUCUGCUGCGAAUCCAUCAGGUCCAUCAGUCAACACUAUCUCACCUCGCCUGGCAGCUCACGUGUACCGCUGCAUCAAUGCCUGCGAGUCAAACGGUUUAUCUCUGUGUGUCAGUCCACCUUAUCAUUUACAUCUCAGAAAUCCUUUUCCACUCCAAAAUGCACCUAGAUCUCCUCUAAUGAGGCUGUCGAGAUGACACCCACCUUGCAUCAGAUCCUGAGGACAUUAAAAGGGGUUUGAUGAUAAUACGGUGAAAAGGAACCCAAGAGAACUUGUGAAGCCAUGGAUAGAUUAGACCCAAAACCCUCAACCUAAUCCCUAAAUCCUCCUCAACAUGCGCCCACCACAAAACGCUCCCAUCACCACCUCUGCGCUCCACUUCUGUCCCUUGCAAUUGCUGGAGAAAGUAUAUACUUGAGUGCGUUGACGUGACCUCUCUGAUGGACCCGAGAUGAGAUGGCGCUCUUUGCUAAAGUGCCCUGGAGUGAAGAUUAUAGUCCAUGUUGAUGGAGGUUAGUAUCGCUCUAGCUGGAAGCCAAAGCAGAUACAGGCUUAUCCUUCAUUUACUACUGACAAAGCAUCAUGGGACAGUUGUGUCAAUACAUUUCAUGAAUAUCAAUUCUGUUUAUAUUUUACAUCAAACUUUCUGCAACAGUUUUCAGAUAUACGUGAUCCUGGACCACAAAACCAGUCAUAAAUCAUAAGUAGCUCAAGUAUAUUUGUAGCAAUAGCCAACUAUACAUUGUAAGAGUGAAAAUAUUCGAUUUUUCUUUUCUCCUCAAAAUAAUAAGGAUAUUAAGUAAAUAUUGUUCCAUUAAGAUUCUUUGUAAAGUCCCCACUGUUAAAUAUAUAGAAAGUGUAUGUCUAUGAGUGGAUGCGGCAAAAUUGUGAAUAAAUGGCUUAUGACUGUGUAUUGAUCCUGUGGUCCAGAAUCACAUAGACUAUUUUAUUUCGGUUGUACAAAUUUAAAAAACAUCAUAUUUAUCCAAACAAAUGGAUAGUCCGACUCCAAACUUAAGCCAUUGGUUGAACCAAUGGUACUACAUUCUGUCGGUCGUUAUAUUCCAUAUGGUAUCAAAAGAGUCAGAGAAAUCACAUUCACUCUUUAGUGUAGAUACCACACUAUGAAGAAGCUUUUAUAUUGUUUCAUGAAUUAAGGAGUUUUUAAGUACAUUUAAAUAUGCUUUGAAGAACAUUCCCAUAUUUUGGGAAUACACUUUCAAAACAAAAUAAAUUAUGCAUUUCACGUGCAGUCUGAUCAACUUGUGCUUUCUGCUCUUCUGCAAACUCGAUUUGCUUCCUUAUCUUAGACUAGAUUCAUUUAGCUAGAAUUGUACUAGAUCAUAAAUUUGGGGCGCUAUACAGUUGGGUUGGUUUCAUGCUGUUUUGGAUUGAAGAAACGCAGUUCUGACUGCUGAAGCUAGAAUAGUGUAGGCAGAGGAGUCUUGAGUUUCCUGUAUUAAAAAUGCAGUACAUUUUCAAAUAACUACUGAACUCUUAUGUGGAGAAAUACAGGAUUAUCAAUACUAAAACAAUCACUGCUGUGUUUUUGGUUUACUUUGUUAUGCUACUUUUCAUCCGGAUGGUGCCAUUGCCCAAUCUGGCCAUGUGUGAAAAGAAAUCCUAAAAAAUUGAUGGUAAUCCGCUGAAAUGAAAAUGUUACCAUUUGGCUUGUUAAUAGAAACACACAUUCUUAAAAAUAAAGGUGCUUAAAGGGUUUUUCACGCGGUGGAUCUGUUUCUUACCUUUCAUAAUCUAAAGAACCUUUUUUUGGUUAACUGAAAGGUUCUUCUGAUGUUAAAUGUUCUUAAUGGAACCAUUUAGACAAAAAAAGUGAUUCUAUGACAUUGUGAAGCACCUUCAUUUUUAAGAGUGCAUGUCAGUUCUAAGCACCAGAGGGUGAAAAGGAAUGUAAAUGAUCCAGACCUUUUUUUACUCAAAAUGGAUGUACAUGAAAAUGAGAAAGUGAUACACUACUGUCCUUAGAAGGGUGUGGGUUUAGUUUUUUGAAGUACUAAAUGUCACAUUUAUUUUACGUCUGAACACACACAUUGAAAUUGCAUUUGUGGUCUUACCAUUGCUUUUAAGUGUUAAAUAAUAUAUGAAUUACUUGAAACUGUGUGUCUGUAGCUAUAUACUCACAUUCAUGUCUUAAGGUGGUCAUUUGAAACACUUGUUUAUUGGUGAGAUGGGGUUUUGGCCUGUGAUGAUUUGAUGCAUGCAAACUUUAAUGGCAAAAAAUAUCACUGUGUGUGUCAUAAUGUCUUCUUGUAGUAUGAAAUAUUCAUGCAGCAACAUGUUACAACAUAACUCUAAUGCAUAAACGCAUUCAUUUGUUCUCAGCUCAUGUUUUUAUUGUACUUUGUUGUGUCCUUUCUACUGAUUUAAUUUGUGCUAACUGAGAAUGCAUUAGUAAGAUAAUGCUCUGCUCUGUGAUGUGGGAUUCAAAUAAUUUAUUUGUCGAUUAUUUGCAAAAGGGUGUACAUUAAAAAUCACUGAUGGAAAAUCCCUUAAUCAGAUAUGCACUUUAAAUGUAAAGAUGGGAAAUAAAUGGUGAUAUUCUCUUUUUCUUUUCUCUUUUGGCGUCCAAGUGUCCAAGAGCGCUGAAUAAAGAUACCAUUACAAGA